AUGAGGGCCAGCGCUUUCGGGGCGAUUCUUUGGGCCUCCUUGAGACUUGCUUGGGGCCAUGACAGCUGCUGUGCCAAGGCAGCGGCACUAGGUGGGCGAGUGGAAGCAGCAAAGGUGAUGGUGCCAGACAUGAACGCUCAGAAGCUCUUCUUGAUGAAGGUCGAAGGCACAGUCUUUCGUCCACCUAGGAAGCCUGACGCUUGGGAUGAAGAUGAGGAUGGUCCUUGGGAACGGCCCCUGGUGCCGAAAGUGCAGUCCCUUUCGGCACAUGUGCUGUGGAUUUGGGUGGAUGAGCUCUGGAACAACCUAGAGGAUGCCAGCCCUUGGCUGCUCCUGGGCCUUCUUUGCAGUGGCACCCUGAAGUCUUUGUUUUCUGAUGACCUGCUCCAGCGAUUUCUGCCAAGCGGACCGUUCGGGCCAACGGUCACAGGUGCUCUUGUGGGGCUGUUCAGCCCGUUUUGCAGCUGUUCUUCUCUCCCGAUGUCUCUCACACUCCUUCGCACUGGUGCCCCCUGCUCUGCAGUGGUUGCCUUCAUAGUCUCCUCCCAAGCAGCUGGACUCGACUCCCUGCUCUUCACCAUGGGCGUCUUGGGCCUUCGUGUGGCUCUCCUGCGCUGUGGCGCUGCGCUGCUUCUGGGCAUCGCAGCGGGCUCCGUGGUGGACGGAGGUGGACGUGGCAGCUUGCCUGACGAGUCGCGCUCACAGUGCAGUGGACAGCAAAGCAAGUCUUGGACACCUCUGAAGCUGUGGGAAACGUUCACCGAAGACUUUGAAGAGAUCUUAGGAUCUGUGUUGCUGGGCUUUGCUUUGACAUCACUUCUCACUGCUUUGCUGCCAGCUGGUGGCCUGGGCACUGUCGCCUCCGUUGGUGGCCCCUUUUCGCUGUCCGCAAGGGCAGCGGUGCUGGCAGUGGCCUUGCCCUUGCAGUUUUGCGAGCAUGCGGCUGUGCCUUUGGCCGUGGCUUUGCAGAAGGCCGGCGCCACAGGUGGUCUUGCCUUCGCCACUUUGGCCUCUCUUCCUGCAAUCAACUCAGCCUCCUUGGCGUUCAUCGCGCACAUCGCUGGCGGCCGCUCCGCCCUUCAGGUUCUUCUGAGUGUUUGGCUUUUUGGUAUGGUCUUGAGCUAUUUGGCGGAUUGGGCGCAGCUAGAGCUCCUCCAGGUGCUCGUGGGUCACUCGGAAGAAGGCUUACCUGCUUGGUUCGUGAAGCUCAGCAAGCCGCUCAUGGGUGUGAUCUCUUUGGGCUCUCUUUGGCGAAUCGCUGGUCACCGUUGGGCACGUGACACAAAGAGUCGGUGCAAAUGCAAAGAGUCGUGA